AUUCAGAUCCCCGCCUCCCCGUCCCCUCAAGCCUGCCUCGUCCUUGGGAUCAACUUGUCGUCCCAGGCCCAGAGAUUAAGGCCAUCCAUCGCGAAUUUGAGUUGCCUGUUGAUGUGUGGCACGGAGGACCCGCGAGGUUUCUGAUCCGAGGUGGUGAUCGCUCACUGUGAGGAGUACAGUCGGUUGCAGAGUGGUUCGUGGAUCUGGAUUGCGAACUAGCCUGUGGGUUGGAAUUUGAUCGAUCGGUCUGAGCUUCUGUCUGCGAGGCAUUUGGUGGGCGAUGGCUCCCAAGGGAAAGGCGAAGGUAGAAGGCUCGGGUGAGAAGAGGGGCAGGGGAAGGCCGAGAUCUGAGAAGAGGCCUGUGAAGGAGGGUGGCGUCGGGGCCAAGGACGGUUCCAAGAAGAAGAAGAGGUCUAAGAAGAAUAUCGAGACCUACAAGAUUUACAUCUACAAGGUUCUGAAACAAGUGCACCCGGAAUUUGGAAUUUCGUCGAAGGCUAUGGGGAUCAUGAACUCUUUCGUCAAUGAUAUCUUCGAGAAACUUGCGGGUGAGGCCGGGAAGCUGGCUCGCUAUAGCAAGAAGCCUACCAUUGCUUCCCGUGAGAUCCAGUCUGCGGUUAAGCUCUCGCUGCCCGGUGAGCUCGCGAAGCAUGCGGUAUCUGAGGGUACGAAAGCUGUGACCAAGUUCACCUCAGGUUAAGCCCGCCGGAUGUCCAAUCAAAUCGUGUCCAGCGAUGACAGUAAAUGAUUGUAAAUUAGAUAGAGGGCCAUUUGAUCGCCAAUCCAGAGAUACUAUACAACAACUCGCCCAUGCGCAUAGCUCUGGGCGAUCGUUGUUUAGGUUUGAUGUGUACAUAGCCUGUGGCGAUCCAGUUAAAUCCUAUUAAUCAUACUCACUCGUAUUAUUUCAGAUCAAUCGUCAGAUUUAUCUAUACACAAUUAAAUAUUCGCUUACUCCGACUGUCGUCACUCACUCUUCUACCAUAUGAUCACCUCAAUUCACCCCAUGUAUGCUGCGGGCGAAAAGUCUGCUUCUUCUAACUAAGAACAAUCAGAAAUGGAGUGGCAGUGCAAUCAUCGAUACUAUUAGACAAAAAUAAUAUACGACGUUGGGUACUAUAUUGCAUCGUUUGACCUUAACCAGAACGGACGGAUCCGUCAGAAGCUGUCUAUGAGCGUGGACACUUGCAAAACGCAUCAGAAACCCUUUCUAUGAUAUCUAUAUCAAGCUUUCUUAACCUACUGAAUCUCUGUAACCAAUUCCCAUGUAACUCAAAUUCCCUGUCAACACUAAAUGACGUAAACUUCGUUAUUAUUAUGUCCACCGAUUCCCAUGUACAGAAGGGUACAGCGUUAAAUCUCCCAGUAGUGACAUAUAUUGGUUCUUAGGUUAAACUGUUUAAAAAUUGUCACUCACAAGACUAAAGUUUGUAUAACCUCCU